CAGUGUAUUCGGUGUUUGUCAACAGACUACUUUUGCACACCACAGGUCAUAACAUCAUGGCUUGGUCUGGCCGCUUUGAUGACUUCAAGCCAUUUGGGAUAUCUGACAGCUCCAGAAAUCGUCCCAGUAACAACAGUCUAACAAUAGGACAAUGUGCUAAAAAUAGAAUUUACAGACCAGCUCAAAAUAAUCAAGCUACCUUUCAAACCAAUGACCAAAAUCUAUCAGGUGUCACUAAAAUUGGCGAUAUAUUUCCUGAUAUGCCAAAUGUUACGAUUGUUGGUGUAGUAAUAACAAAGGAUGGACCGAAGUCAAUAAUGAGUAAAAAGAAUGUUGGAACGGAAAGACACUUGUUAGCUGUGACAGUUAGGGAUGCACCUGAUGGUUUCAUUAAUGUCACAUGCUGGGGAAUGGUGGACUUCAUUAAUAAUAUCAACAACAUCAUCAGUCUUGGAAAUGUUGUUCAGAUUAAAAACGCCCAAGUUCAAGGCAAACAAAACAGUGCAAAUGAUGAGCAGUAUAAACCAUACACUCCAAGCCAGUGUCAGCUGAACGUGUCUGAGAACCACAGCCAGAUAGAGCUGUACUCUGGCUGGGACUUGUCCAGCUACAACCACCUGCUGCACCUGCCCACCAAGCCCAGCAAUGACUACUACAUCCUGGAGGACAUCAACGCCAACGGCAUGGCCCUGCAGGGAGAGGCCGUGAAUCUGCUCGCAGCCGUUAGAAAGGUUUGGCCAGCUAAGGACAUUACAACAAAAACAGGGAAAAAGACCAAAAAAUGUUCUGUGGUCCUGUUUGAUGAAACAUGUUCAAAUUUUACAGUGGACUUAUGGGAUCAUUUUGCUGAUCUGGCAUCCACAUGGAUACCAAAUCAAACUGUGGUAUUUGCAGCAGAUGUGAAGAUACUGUACAAUGACUUCAAGUCAACUAUGAUCGGUACAGCCACAUCACGGACAGUGUUCACCAUAGAUCCUGACACCCCCGAGGCUCACAGCCUGUAUCAGUUCGCCAGUUCCCAUUCGGACUGGAACAACGACGACAGACAGAGAGAAGAACCAGAUCCAGAUCUGGGCAGCAUAACACAGGUUUAUAAUGUUGAGCAGGUGAAAGGCCUGAAAAACGAGCUCACAUCUCAAACUACUGCCAACUACGGUGUACUGUACGCCCUCAUUACCACAUUCAAUAUUGACUACGAUGGAGACGACUGCUCCAUUUUCAGAAAUAUUUGUUCCAGAUGUAAGCGUGAAGUGACGAAGGAGGCCGGGUUUGUGUGUACCAAUCAGGACUGCAGUGGCGAUCUGUUUACCAGUGAGAACUUUGAUGACUCUGUGAGCGCCGCGGUGGAGUACAACAUUGUUGUGUCUCUGUCGGACAACACGGGAACCAUUCACUUCUGUCACCUGCAGGGAGCCCCAGCCGAACAUGUACUCGGGCACAAGGCUGCUGAAUUUCAACAGCUGCACACUCAGAAGAAAACGGAUGUAAAAUGGAAUUAUCUUUUGGAAAGAUGCAAAGUUAAGUUUAAGAUCAGGAAAUUUUCGGCUGACACAAACAGCAAAUCUACAGUGAGAAUCCUGUCUCUGGAGAAAGCAGAUCCAAUGGAAGUUUACCAGUGUUUCUGUUGACAGCAACAAAUAACAAAGUGAGAGCUACUGCUAAAACUCAGCAGUGUUUCAACUUGCUACAUCAUAUGACACACUAGCUGAAAUAGCUGAAAGGGACUAUCCCGAAUUUUCAGCUCUAGCAAGACUUCUCUUUGCCCCUCCCAAGAAAAUGAACCCACAUCUUGAUUUUUCCUGUUUCUUAAAAACAUUAUCUUACCUUAAAGUGACAGACCCUAGUUUUUAAAUACUAAGGCACAUUUUUCACUAUUAUAGCUGUUUAUGAUCACUCAAUUACUUAUAUUUUAUUGUUUAGAUUAUCCAUUUCCGUACAACCGUAGUGUUUCUGGUCAUCCUUAAAUUUCUACAAAAUGCAUUUUUCAUAUUUUUAAAAAACGCACAUGUGUCAGAAGAACCAGUAUGGAGUCGAAUUCUAGUCUAUUUCCCUGUUUCAACAUCACAGACUCUUGUUCACUCUUUUGUAACUUUAUCCAAACAUGUUACAGGUUUGUAUAUUAACUAAACUUAGGGUCCAUUUGAACAGGUUGAAACUAGGGUCUGCGACUUAAACAUA